ACACAAAAACACUUCACAWGCACCCAAUGUGAUUGAUGUCAGCUACUCCUGCAUCACCCUCCUGCAGUGUGUCAACGUAGACCACACUGCCAUAURUGAUCGGUCUGAGCAUUUGACCCAUUUCAUUGUGUCUGGUGCAUCAGAUGAGCCAAAGAAGCCUUUGGAGAAAGAGCCUGACAGUCAGAAUACAACUGCAGAUGAUGUGAAGCAGGAUGUCGACAACGAAAACCCCAACCAUGACAACACUCACAAAUGGCUCUUCCCAGCAUGUACUUUGGUGAAAAUGUCCUGUGGACAAUUGAAGAGCAGGGAUGGUAGAUACGUGUAUCCAUACAUUCCAGGGGUACUUGACAUUGCGGUGUUCAACAAGAACGGGACUGCCAUUGCCAACAGUGGAGAGGACAAGCCAAUGGAAUUUGAUAAGAAUGAGGUGGUAACGAUGAACAACAGUUCAAUCACCCUCUAUAAAUGCCAAAAUCUGAAAAUGAACAUAAUUUACAUUGAUUCUACACAGCAGAAGGCUGGAACUGAGUCUAAUGGUGAAGAACCCCCAGUUAAGGAGAGAUGUUCCCAUUACAUUGUCACAGAGAUGAGGAAUGAGGUUGUGACAACUGCACCUUUGAAUUCAACCAUCAUCCCAGAUGGAGACCAUCCUGAUACAAACCGUGGUGACACUGAUUUGAUCUGGAAAAUCAUUGUUGGUGUUGUUGCUGUUGCUGUCAUUGCUGGUCUGCUCUUUUUUUGUGUGUAUAAAUCUUGGCGAGACAAACAGUGCAACCAAGGCCACAGAGACAUGGAAGAGGUUCAGGGCAAUCCAGAACCAAACUCCAUUCCUCUGAUGCAGAAUGAGCAACGUUAUUCCAGAGACAUCAGAAAGCCUGAUGACGGUGAGACUGUUGAAGCUGUGGUUGUUCCCAGUGACCAAGGAGGUGAGCCAGGAGAGGAGAGCAGGCAGCCCAUGGACAAUGAAGAGACAGGCGCUGACAACCCUCUGCUGAAUGGAGAUGCCAGUGGCCAAGGAGAGGAAGGUGUUCUAGGAAUGGAGGAUGGAAAGCCGUCAGACAAUGACAGAGCAGACACUGAAACCUGUCAGAAGACACAUGCUGAUUCCCCCACACUGAAUAUACCCAAGGUUGUUAGUGUUAACAGCCAGACUGAUGACCCACAGCUUCUGGGUCAACCUCAGAGCAAUGGACGCGUGCCAUAUAGAAGGGAAUCACACCUGACCAAUGGGGCCCCAGGUCAGGGUGCUGGUGAGACUUCACCCCUCUGCAAGGUUAACGAUGAGACUGAGGAAGUGAAUCCUGGUGCACAGAGUCCAGGACCUCCUCAGAUGAAUGAAGGACCUCCCAUGUCUAACAGAGCUGCCGAGGAGACCACUGCUCUAUUGGACAAACAGGCCAUGGACAAGGACCAAGUCACCAAACCUCCUGAGUUAAUAGACAAAGGACCUAAUGACAUGGAGGAGAACUGUAGCAAACGGUGGACGUUUGUGUAGCAAAAGAAAACCUAAUAAGAUACAGUAAUAUAUGAUAUACAGUACUUAUUAUAAGAUACAGUAAUAUAUGAUAUACAGUACUUAUUAUAAGAUACACAUACAUAUGUGACUUGCUUCAUCAUAAUCAGUCAUGCCAUCAUAAUCAGUCACACAUUCUGACCAGUGUGUUUUACUGCACAUUGAUUUUCAGAAACCUCAACAAUUUAUUAAGUUAAUUCUCUAUGUGACAGGUAUAAUGUGGAUUGGUUAGGAAAUGUGUUCAAGUGAAAUCAGUUAAAAUUCCAAAACAGCCCAGGACUUGUAGAUAACUAAAAUUACAAAAUUAUUAUAAUCUGAAAAUGAGUGUGAUUUAUGACUGAUUAUGAUACAGCAUGUCACAUAUUAGCUAUACAACAUUAUAAAGAUAUGAAAGGAUGGUAUGAUCAUACUUACGCUAGUAUUGUUUACUAUACAUACAAGCAAAUAUCAAUCACAUACACAUGGGAAGAUGCAUAAAACAUAAACCUCUUUAGUAGAGACAUUUCCAAGGUCCUGAGGUCUCAAUGUCUUGUGGACAUGUCAAAUAGCUAAACAUUGACCGGCGUUAUUUACACUAUGUAUACACAAAAGUAUGUGGACACCCCUUCAAAUGAGUGGAUAUGUCUAUUUCAGCCACACCCGUUGCUGACAGGUG